CUGCCUCACCACCAGCUAAAGAUUCACUCAUCACGUCUCUUAUCGCAACACUAGAUUGUUGUCUUGGUUUUUCAGCCUCGAUUCUAUACUGAUGAGGGACUUUCGGCCCGACUGACACAGGGAGAUGGGGGUACUCAAUAUUACAGACCAGCCGCCUCUGGUCCAGGCCAUAUUUAACCGGAAUACAGAUGAAGUGAAGCUAUUUUUGCACAAGAAAGACGAAGUCAAUGCACUGGACCAAGAGCGUCGCACACCUCUUCAUGCUGCUGCCUGGCUGGGAGACGUUCAAAUAAUGGACCUUCUCAUUACUGCAGGUGCGAAUGUCAAUGCAAAGGACCAUGUGUGGCUAACACCAUUACACAGGGCAGCUGCAUCCAGAAAUGAGAGGGCUGUGGGGCUGCUGCUGAGGAAGGGAGCUGACGUGACCGCACGGGACAAGUUUUGGCAGACACCACUGCACAUCGCGGCAGCCAACCGGGCCACGCGUUGCGUCGAGACACUGCUGCCUCACAUGGCCAGCCUGAACAUGGCCGACCGGACGGGCAGAGCCCCCCUGCAUCACGCUGCUCAGAGUGGAUAUCAGGAGAUGGUUAAAUUGCUGCUGAACAAGGGAGCCAAUCUGAGUGCCAGUGACAAAAAGGACAGGCAGCCUAUUCAUUGGGCCGCGUACCUUGGACAUCUGGAGGUGGUUAAGCUGCUGGUGUCUCAGGGCUCAGAUAAGAGCUGUAGGGAUAAGCGGGGUUACACCCCUCUCCAUGCUGCUGCUGCCAGUGGCCACGUCGAUGUGGUCAAGUACCUGUUACGCAAUGAAGCUGAGAUUGAUGAGCCAAAUGCCUUUGGAAACACUGCUCUUCACGUGGCCUGCUACACGGGACAGGAGGCCGUGGCCAAUGAGCUGGUCAAUCGCGGGGCAAACGUCAACCAGCCCAACCACCGUGGCUACACGCCACUGCACCUGGCUGCAGUGUCCACUAAUGGAGCUCUCUGCCUGGAGCUCCUGGUGAACAACGGUGCUGAUGUCAACAUGCAGAGUAAAGAAGGGAAAAGCCCUUUGCACAUGGCAGCCAUUCAUGGACGCUUCACUCGUUCUCAGAUUCUCAUUCAGAAUGGUGGGGAGAUAGAUUGUGUGGACAGAUAUGGCAAUACUCCUCUUCAUGUUGCUGCUAAGUAUGGCCAUGAGCUGCUUAUCAGUACUUUAAUGACAAACGGUGCUGACACGGCCAGGCAAGGGAUUCAUGGGAUGUUUCCUCUACACUUAGCUGUCCUCUACGGGUCCUCUGACUGUUGUCGUAAGCUACUUUCCUCAGGUCAGCUGUACAGCAUAGUGUUGUCGAUGAGUAAAGAGCACGUGCUCUCGGCUGGGUUUGACAUCAACACCCCAGACAACUUUGGGAGGACCUGUCUACACGCUGCUGCCUCUGGAGGAAACGUUGAAUGUCUCAAUCUGCUCUUGAGCAGUGGAGCCGACAUGAAUAAGAAGGAUAAGUUUGGAAGGACACCUUUGCACUAUGCGGCUGCUAAUGAGAGGUAUCAAUGUGUGGUCGUGCUAGUAGGAGCAGGGUCAGAGGUCAAUGAGCGAGACCGUUCAGGCUGUACACCCCUACACUAUUCGGCAGCAUCCACUUCAUUUUGCAGAACGGACCGACCCCACGCCAGCACCCAUCAGAACCAAGAAGAGGGGGAGAAGGAAUCUUUCCUGUGCGUGGAGCAUCUGUUGGAUAACGGUGCGGAUCCGUCCCUGUGCAACACUAAGGGAUACAGUGCUGUGCAUUACGCCGCGGCUUAUGGCAACAAACAGAACCUGGAGCUGCUUUUGGAGAUGUGUUUCAACACUCUGGAAGAGAAGGAGAGCUGUGGGCUUGUUACCCCGCAACACUUGGCAGUGGAGUCGGGUCAUUGGGAAUGCGUGGCCGUGUUAAUUGAGUCUGGAGCGUGUGUGGACGCUUGUGACCCGGUUGGCCGCUCUGUCCUUUAUGUAGCCUCCCAGAGAGGACACACCCGCUGUGUGGAACUCCUGCUCAGCCAAUCAGCAUCCUGCUUUCUGACCGAGCACCGCAGUAAAUGGGGCCCGCUUCAUGUGGCAGCUGCAAAUGGCCACUCGGAAUGUCUGCGAAUGCUGCUCUGUAGUGAGGGUGGAGUCGACCUUGUCAAUGUCACCGAUAUUGAAGGACAGACUCCCCUGAUGUUGGCGGUAUUGGGGGGACAUACUGACUGCGUCCAUUUGCUUUUGGAACGAGGGGCUUGCCCUGAUAUAAGAGACAGGAGAGGAAGAACCGCCUUACACCGAGGGGCGGCAAUGGGUCGGGAGGACUGUGUAACCGCCCUGCUGUCCCACGGCAUAUCGGUCCUCAGCAGAGAUUUUCUGGGCCGAACCGCGAUCCAUCUGGCUGCCUCUUGUGGCUACACUGAUAUUCUCUUUAAUCUUCUUUCUGCUGCUGACCACUCCCACCCCCACGACCCAAUCGCGGACCGCCACGGCUACACACCCACACACUGGGCAGCAUAUCACGCAGGUCAUGAAGACUGUUUGGAAGUUUUACUUGAACAUAAACCAUGUAGUAUCCAGGAGGGAAACCCCUUCACCCCACUGCACUGUGCUCUAAUUAAUGGCCAUAGUGGUUCUGCAGAGCUGCUGUUGGAAUCCAAUGUUUGUAAUUCGCUGGUAAACAUCAGGGACGCCAAAGGAAGGACCCCGCUUCACGCGGCUGCAGUCGCUGAGGACGUGACUGGGCUGCAGCUGGUUCUGCGGCACGGAGCUGACAUCAAUGCCGUGGACCACUCAGGACGUUCUGCACUGAUGGUGGCCGCUGAUCAUGGGCAAAGCGGUGCCGUGGCCCUGCUACUCCACAGAGCCAAAGCUGACCUGUCCCUCCUGGAUAUUAACAAGAACACUGCCCUUCAUCUAGCCUGCAGCAAGGCUCAUGAAAUGUGUGCCAUGCUGAUCUUGAAGGAGAUCCACAACCCUAUUCUCAUAAACGCAACAAACAGCAUGCUUCAGAUGCCCCUCCACAUUGCCGCCAGGAAUGGUUUGGCUUCAGUGGUCCAGGCGUUACUGAAUCGUGGAGCUACAGUGCUGGCAGUGGAUGAGGAAGGUCAUACUCCAGCCCUGGCUUGCGCGCCCAACAAAGCUGUGGCCGACUGCCUCGCUCUCAUUCUCUCGACCAUGAAGCCUUCCUCCUCCGUGCCGCCCUCCUCCUCACCCUCUUCGCCCAGCCUCAACCUGCUCAAGCACUGUGGCAUUACCGCCGCCUGCCCCCCUCUGCCCAACGGAGGCCUUCGCCAUGGUUACGGCAAAGAUCGCCAUGGUGCUACCAUCGGCUUGGAUGGCUGCUUGACCGAGUGAGGCGUCCUUGCUCGCUAAAAACAACCGGCGAUCCCGCGGUCGCUCGGAAAGGUCCUCUACACACUUAGAUAAACCUAUAUGCAAUUACAGCCACACAUUUCUCCUGUGCCAGUAUCGAAGCGUUUCUUUACGCAAACACGAAAGGAUGAAUUUAGCUAUUUAUUUAUAUUUAUUCCCCCGCCCCCACCCCUGACUCCCAUCUUAAAUGCUGUCUGUUCAGUAUGAGUCUAAUAAGUGGAAAAUCUGAAUCUAAGCCAUUUAAUCGAACCUGGUGACUCAAACCUUAUUUCCUUUUCGUUUCGGUCGAUUCGAUUUUUGACACGGUUCAUGUUAUAAUUAUGCAGGUGUGUGUCUCCAUGGUAACAGUGAUAAUGGAUCCGUUUCCAUAUCAUGCCUCUUAUUUGCGUGAUGCUGUGGCCUUCUGUAGGAAUUUACAGCCUGCCCUGAGGAACAAUUGAAACGGGUUACACUCGAUUUGCAUGAAUUUUGCGGGACCAUGUAUUUGAUAGUGGUCUUGUGUGUGUGUGUGUGUGUGUGUGUGUGUGUGUGUUUGUUUGUGUGCGUGCGUGUGUGUGUGCGACAUCCACUUUUGAAAGUUUUUUCAUCCCAUACUUGAUUCUUACAUUUUGAGGUUUUUAUGUGAGGUGCAAUCGGACUUGGCACAGAUCAGGAACAACAAAACAUCCGAACAGAAUAAUUUUUGACGUAAGGGAAAACCAUACUACCUUAAGCCAAAAGACCAUUGACCUCCUGCCAAAGGGGUCUGAUAUAUAAUGCAUGUUUACUGUUAGAAAAAGGAAGGUGUUUGGAGGGCGGAUUAGGUUUACAAUGAAGGUGUCUGCUAGUCUACAUCACUGUUUGUCGUUUGGCAGAAGAAAGUGUUUUAAAUGUCAUGCUGCCAGGCAUUGAAAUGAUGAAUUAUGAAGAUGUUACACUAUGGAAAUCUAGUAAGCACAAAAUGUAAUUUAUGGAUACAAACUAUUAACAAUGCAGUUGUCAUACACAGUACUCGCUCCUUGGACCUCCAGCUGUAUUUAUUUUUUUGGGGCUCGUAGUAUAUUCAAUUAAAUCUACUGCUUGCUUUUUUUAUGGUGUUAUUUACUGUGGAUCUACUUUUACAGUGCCUACUAAAUUUAUUUUUUGUCCGCUUAAGGGCCGAUAACUCAAACACCAUAUUCACUCCCUCAAGAUGAGUUUUUCAUUCGAAUCCGACUGAUCUUUCCAAUUCUCGUAUAUAAGGAAUUUCUCGACUCGAGGGAGUUGAAGGACCUUUUUAAAUUUAGGUGAUAGGAGGAGUCAUGGGGAUGACCAAAGUAAAUCCAAAAAAAUGAAAUCGAAUCGAAGAACUGAAAUAGCCGUUCACCCCUGCUCUUUAUAAAAUGCUUCCUUAUUGCCAAAGGUAGAUUAAAGUUAAGAUUGUGCUUCCAUUAGGUUGUUUCACCUAAACCGCAAAAUAAGACCAUGUGAAUGAGUGUUCGAAACAACAUCUCUUUGUUUGUGCAUCACAAACAGGCAAUAUAAGCUCAGUCACAAAUGAGACAAUCAGUUAUAAGGGCUUUUAAUUUUACCAUAGAUUUCUUUUUCUUUUUUUUUAAUGAGCAAAAGCAUCAACACCUGAUUAGAGCUUAUACAACGUAAAAAAAAGAUCCAAGACAAAACCGUGAACUUUUAUUCUCGAUUAUACCAAUACUAGCAGGAUUGAUGUAGAUAAAGUAGUAGUAUCGUGACGGAUAUUUGUAUGAAGGUGCGUUAGACAAACAAGCUAUGGAAAUGUGAGAUGUUUUAAUGGCCGUGUGGAGAGUGGAUUUUACUGAUUUCUGAAAUGACCUCUUGUUUUUUGGCUGCUUACUCAAGACUGUAAUCCACGCAGGCCUGAUAUAAAGCACUUGCUUAUUCAAUAAUAAAAAAGAAAUAAAUAAAAAAAUGAUUUUGCAUCUAUUUAAACUUGUUCACAUCUGACCUCUGCUUGCAAGGGUGCAAAUGUGCAUGCAAACCAGAUUAGAUUAGUGUCGUAGUGUUUAAGAUUUGCCUAGCAAUUAAUGACUUUAACAUGCAGUUAUUUGAGUUUAUUACAUAUAGGAACUUCUCUUGGGCUUCGGUGGAGGGUUUUGAUGCGCAUGUAUACAGCACAGGGUACGAUAAAGAAGUGCAAGUCGAUGAUGAGCUUGUUAUUUGCACUGCCAGUUACAAGCGCUGCUUGUAGUUGUACAAAUAAACUGAUUAUUUAUACAUUAAGUUAGGUUGUCAUACCACACGUAGUCGAUAAACAAGUGCCCGUGGAGCCUGUGACGAUUAUACAUUUCAUCCAGUGCGAGAGAAAAGUGCUGCUUUUGAUUGAGGUGAUAGUUGUGUAUUUAUUCGCGAUCGUUUAUAUCCAGCCAAACAAACGAAACGUACUUAUUUUAGCUCCUCGAAUUUGUAAACGUCGCAUUGGGAUUGCACUAAAACUGUUGAGGUGUUUUGUCGAAUGUAGCAGCUUGCUUCGAUGUUGGUGCGGUGGUUAGUGAUAAAAUAAUAAUAAUACACUUAACAACUUUGUAAUCAAACCCUUUCGGAAACCUUUAAAAGUUGGCGCAUUUGCUGUUUUACGUAUAUACAACAAUAAGGGAACCAGUCACAAAGUGGCAAAGAGUUUUUUUUAGGGUAGAGUAAAACUGGUUUGGGCAGUUUACGCCCCAAAGUCAUUUAGUGCCAUAACUUUUUCCUUUUUUUCAUUUUGAUAUGCUUGUAAAAUGUGAAUGAAUGAUUCGGUUUUUGUGCGUGCGUACAAGACCAUUACCAAAAUAAGAACAAAUCCAAACUAGCAUAAGCUACUGUGCCCAUUAUAUAUAUUUUUAGAGAUUCACGUACUUUAAAAUGCCAGUUCGUUCACAAUCAGACAUUUAAAAUGCCAGUAUAUUUAUAUUGACGCUAUACUGAUGGAGCUUCCCAAUGCUAAUUACUAAGCAUUUAGCCAUAACUUAGCAUUUAUGAAGUCGUUCAGUCAACGGCUCCUUCAAAAAUGAUAUUUUAUAAAUAGUUUCAUCUGCUAAUUUGGGAAGAGGUUUAAUUCUAUACGUAGCGGGACAUUGAAAACGCCUUAAAUCUUUAUUAAAUGAAGGGCAGAUUUGAAUUUUACCAAAAUAAAGCAUUUACACAUCUUUUUAUGUUUUGUUCUGAAUCAACGAAGUAGAAUAUUUUAUUUUAUUUUUUACGCACCUGAAGGGCCAGCUUUCAUUGCCUGUUAUGACCAAGAUGGUUGCAGUUACAUGCGGGUGGAGUUUUCUGAUAAUUGUAACCAUUUUGUCAGAAAGCAGAUUAAUUGUAGCGCAGAUAAAUGAAUCUCAGUGUCCUUAUUGUAUGCUCAUCCUUGCAUUUUUGUAUUUAUCAAGUUUAUUUCUCACAAAGGUAUUAAUGGCUGAUCGAAUGUCUAUUUACCUCAGAGGACCGCCGUGUCCCUACUACUUGAAGACGCAUCCAUUUAAGGCAAUACUCAAAACACCCGUUUCAUUGAACCUAUGUCUAGCUCCCGACUUUUUGCCUUAAGAGGAAACCGAAUAGUUUAGCAGACGCAGCACUUGAGAGAUUUCGUUAACCUGGGAUCUCGUCAUUCCUCGAUCGGUGAGAUUCCGAAAGAAGCACAUAGUUGAAAGAUGUACCAUAACGGCUUUUGGCCUCAAAAUUGCACUAGAAGAUAUUAUGAUGAUGAUGAUCAUCUGCGAAGAUGUACUAUUGUUAGAAUAAACACAUGAAGUGCAUGGUGUAAAUGAUUUGGAAAAACCUCGAAGCAAAACGUAAAUUUCGGCCAAUGAUAAAAUGCCAAGGUAAUAUUUCUCCAUUCCACUGUCUUGAAUGCAGUGUUUAGGUAGUAAAAACGUGUGCCGUCUUAUAAAUGCAAAUCUUUCUAACAAGGUAAAUAACAAGAGCACAAUAGUGAAUGUGCUAUAUACGUAACUCCUCAAGAACUUUGGUCUGCAUUGUCUCGACGUGGCAGUCUUACCUCAUAAACUAGUUGUCCUUAAUAUUUGUCGUGCUCUCUAUAUAUAUAAAGGUACGUGAAUUUCGACUAGGUAAUAUUAGCUACGCAUGCUCCACGCAACUGGAAUCCUAAGGUCGUUCCUGAGGCCUUGCGAUGUGGAGAACAUUGGGGUUUUUCAAGAGGUGCUCUUGAGCUUGCAUAGAUGAUGUCUAUUAUCCUGGCCUACUGUUUGCUUCAUACUUCUGAUUGAGUUUUUUUACUUGCUAAGCACUAA